AUGACUGAAAAAUCACCUUCGGAAAGUGUACCAGUGGAAAAAUCGAUGGAUUACUACAUGUUGCUCCAUUUCUAUAGUAAAUAUGAUAAUUUAGGACAUUUUCUUUAUGAUACACGUGAAAGAAAAUAUGCAACAUGUAAAGAAUAUUUAAAUAGAUUGAGUGAAAUUGCCGAGAUGAGUAACUAUGAAGUGACUCCGACAAUGGUUAGACGUGCUUUAUAUAUUUAUUAUUCUUGUUUAACUAGUCACUUGUUGGAUCCUGUUAGAAAUGCAAAAUUAGCUUCAUGUGUAGAAUCAUUGGAAUCAAAGGAUCAUAUAUUUAAAUGUAAAGAUGAAAUUCUUCGUAAUAAGGUCUUUGUUGAAUCUAAAGUUUUGGAUCAAGUUUAUCAAAUGGAAAAUAGAAAAUAUAAUUUAGAUGACAAGAUUUCACAAUGUGAUAAAAAUUGUUCCGAAUGGUUUUAUAAAUAUGGAUUAUGUACUAGGUUUUUAAAGGCUAGACGUAUAAAGACAGAAAGUGAAGUUUCUUUCAGUGAAAGAGCUGAUGAAGAAGUAGAAGAAUCUAAGAAAUAUUAUGCUGUCUGUGACGAUUUUAAAAAGAAAUCAUUAAGUUGUGUAGGAGAUAUAUUUUGUGCUGAACAACAACAAAAAUUACAAGACUGUCUCAAGAAUAGUAUGUUUAAAUCGGAGUGUGACGAUUUGGAAAAGACUGCAAAGAGAUGUGCUCAUUAUAAUUUUGCACUUGUCAGUCAUUUGAAAUUCAGAAAUAAUUUGAUUAAGGGUAAAGAGGAUGCUAAUUUGGUAGAUGAAUAA